AUGUUGGCAUUUGGAAGGCUUGCUGUUCCUUUGGUUAUGUUAUUCAUUGGAAUAACCCUAGGACACCAAACACCCGAACAUGAAACACUGAUUGAUCCUCGUAACCGAUAUCCCGCAAACUAUACGCUGCCGGUGCAAGGCUUCCCGGGACUUCAAAGCAACUGGCACCCGCGACCCGACUGCGGCGAGCAGUCUUAUGUCGGACAUGGGCGCUUACGCGGCCGACGAGCACUAAUUACAGGCGGCGAUUCAGGCAUGGGACGGGCGAUUGCAAUUGCUUUUGCGCGCGAGGGAGCUGAUAUCGCCUUCAAUUACCUAGAAGUUGAAGAGUCUGAUGCACGAGAAACAGUCUCGUUCAUCCGAGCCGCGGGACAGAAAGCUUUUACGAUUCCUGGUGAUCUGCGAAAUGAGUCCUUCUGCGCUAAUCUAGUACAUCGUGCUGCCGCCAGCCUAGGUGGGCUUGACAUUGUUGUCAGUCAUGCUGGCUAUGCCUUUGAACAGGCCUACAUUGGCAAUCACAGCACUGAGAGUUUUGAACAGACCUUGCGAACGAACGUGUAUGCACCGUUCUUCAUAGCCAGGGCUGCAGCUCCGCUGUUACCUCCGGGGUCUUCCCUCAUCUUCACUGCAUCGGAUGUAGCUGUUGGGGGUAAUGCAAGGCUUGUCGACUAUGCUGCCACCAAAGCCAUGCUUGUUUCCUUCACCAGGUCACUUGCGCUGCAACUCUGGCCGUUUGGCAUCCGUGUGAAUGCAGUAGCGCCAGGUGGUACGCUCACGAAUUUCCUCACAACUCAAGGCGAGACGACGGAAAGCAUCAAUGGAGCCGUCUCUAUGACCCCAGGCGGUCGUUUGGCGCAGCCGGUGGAAGUAGCCCCUGCAUAUGUCGAUUUAGCUGAAGGAAUUAAUAGUUACGCAAGCGGAAGUGUGUAUGGUGCGAAUGGUCCCACGGGGGGAUUCUGA